AGCAGUGUCCCAAAUUUGGGGUUAUGAAUUUUGGUUUGAGUAGAAAAUAAAAAUGAUGCAACUCUCAUCGGCGAUAGUUAAUCCAAAGACCCUUUGGCCUAAAUCAUCUCCGAUUAUCAGCGCAAAGGCUACUACUUUCUACAGUCGUCCGUCGCCGCCGCCGCCGGGAAAAUUCAUCUCUCCCUCUUCUUACUAUUCUUCUCCUCGUUUAAGUUCGAUGGCAGCUCCUCCUCCUACCGUUGUUGCUCCCAAAUGGGCUCAGAAGACUGUAACCCUUCAACCCCUCAACCGUGGUUGUCAUCUUAUCACCCACAAGAUUGUCAAGGAAAUUGAACAAGAUUUAUCAGGAUUUAAAUGUGGUCUUGCUCACAUUUUUUUGCAACAUACAAGUGCUUCUCUUACAAUAAACGAGAACUAUGACUCGGAUGUUCUUGCUGACACAGAGACAUUUCUUAAUCGUGUUGUUCCAGAGGGAAGAUCUGCACCAUGGAGGCACACAAUUGAAGGUCCAGAUGAUAUGCCGGCACAUAUCAAAUCCUCCAUGUUUGGUUGCUCACUAACGAUUCCGAUUACAAAUGGGAAACUUAACAUGGGAACGUGGCAGGGUAUAUGGCUUUGUGAACAUCGAGACGCGCCUACUCCUCGUAGGGUGGUGGUGACCCUCAACGGAAUUUAAGAAAUGUAUAAAUGGUAUUCUAAUAAUUUAAUAGUGAGUGUUUUUAUGACAUGAAUCAAAUUCAGUUUACCAGGAAGUAUACUUCCUAAUGAACUAUGUUUCAAGAUAAGUUGUUGCUGCUGCUGCUUUAUGUCUAAUUUGUGCAUUUUAUUAUUAUUAUUAUUAUUAUUAUUAUUAUUAUGGAGUUUAAUCAUGUUUUGGGUAGUUGAAACUUUGAAGUUGUUGAAUUCAUUAUUAUUAUUAUUAUUAUUAUUAUUAUUAUGACUCUA